AUGCUGGGCUUCUACCAGGCGCAGCACGCGCAAAACCGCAAGCCUUUUCUGGCUUAUGUGCUGCAGGUGUGCACGGCCAAUGCGCACUUCCUGGUGUACCGUCGGUACUCUCAGAUCGCGUCUCUAGCUGCCAAGCUUCACUUUCAUCCUCCGGUUGGCCUUCCACCUAAGUACGCGCUCCAGGUGUUUCCUUUAUCGAGCGUACAACUACAGCAGCGCUUCGACGGCCUUCAGAGCUUCCUACGUGAAGUCGUAGCGCAUUUGUCGCGGCAACACGCGGCUGGAAUGCACCACGACACGAGCUCCAGUGCUGGUCUAGACAUGCAGAUUUUCUGCGAUUUUGUGGCCCACCACCGCAACCGACCGCCUAGGCCUGUGAAAGGCGAACUGCCGGACUGGGCUAAACCCACAGUGGAGACCACGGCGUGGGCAGACGCUGACAGCGUCACAGACAGCGAAGACGUGGGGAUUGAGAGCGACGGCUCAGACCAGGAGCUGUUGGAACAGGUAGACAUCAUCGAUGUGUCCACACGAUUUAGGAAUGACGUGCUGCAAGCUGAGGGUAAUAUCAGUGCGUUGUGGCACUGUGUACGAGCCUAUAUGCAGGCCACGACAGCAUGGUGGGGGGCCACGACUGCUGUACUGGACGAGUACAAGAGAGUGGCCGAUAUGUCGCUCUUUGCUGAUGCACAAGACGGCAAUACACACGCAGCGCGACUUGUUCAAGCGCUGCAUCAACUGCUGGAGUCUGUACAGCCAGAGUUUGAGAAGAAGUGCGAAGACGCAGUGCUGAGUCCUCUGGGAGCGUUGAGUCACGAGGUGCUACCGGAGAUUAAACACACGUUCUGGACUCGACACAGUCGUGUGGACCACGAGAACGCAGCCCACGUUCGUCGUCUGCAGCAGGAGAGAGAGAGUUUACAAGCCAAACUUUGUACAGACGUCCAGAGCAGUAUGACAGCGCUGGUGGCGCUGCAGAACGAGAUGCUAGCAGUCUUGCACGACCGACUACAGGGCUUCGAGCGAGUGCAACGCAUGCCCAGAAAACGCAGCAAAUCCCAACCAGUACUAAAUCGAAGAACCAGGCGUGCAAGUGGCACAAGUCCACGUGGUAUCACCAUUUCUCUCAGCACGAUGACGUCUGCGGCUCAAGUGAAUGACCAACAGGGUGACGUCGGCGAAAAUCAGGAGCUACAGGCGUCUACAGUGUCGAUCGCAGCAGAGAGCGACCAAGUGGAUGGUGACGAGAGCGACGACGAAGAAGGCAGCGUUGAGGACGCCGUAGACGUGGUAGAGCUCGAGGAAGGCGACGACGCAACUCAAGUCGAAGAGCCAAGCUCCUGUAUGUACGUGUGGGGGCGUCCACCCAGUCUCGAGGGUGGGACGCCGCUAGUUCUCCGACCGAAGCACGUGUCUCUAGCCAACGGCCAGCCGAUCGUGCAAGUGGCUUGUGGGGGUGAGCACUUGCUGUAUCUCACGUCCACGGGCGACGUCUACAGCUACGGCGAUAACGAGGACAAGAAGGUUGCCGCCGUCACUGUGGCCACUCAUACGUCUACUCUACCUGAUAACGAGUCAACACGCGUCGUCUCCACGUCCUCGUUCCUGGCUCCACAUCUCGUGGAAGAGCUGGCCCUGGAGAAGGCGCUUCAUCGCACGACUAUCGCGAUGGUGGCGUGUGGCGCCCAGCAUUCACUUGCGAUCACUGACGCUGGCGAGCUGUACACUUGGGGAAGCGGCGAGGACGGACGCCUUGGACAUGGAGAUAUGCGCGAUCGAGCUGUCCCUCGGAAAGUAAUGAGUUUACUGCGGGAAAGCGUCGUGAGUGCGAGUUGUGGCGGCGCGCAUACCGCUGUGUUGACUGCGAAAGGCUCGGUGUUUACGUUCGGUCGAGGACGCAAUGGCCGCUUGGGUCUGGGGGACAAUAAAUGGCGCGAUACGCCGCAUCCGAUCGUGGGAUUCCCGCAAGGAACGUCGAUCUCUCUCGUGGUGUGCGGCUGGAACUUCACCGCGGCGUUGGAUCGACAGGGCAGCGUCUUCACGUGGGGGAAGACGGGGGAAGGACAGUGCGGCUUAGGAUAUGUGGACAGAGAUCAAGUGGUGCCUCGCUGUGUCGACAAGCUGCGAGACGUGGCCGGGUCUUCUGUUGUGGACGUGGCGUGUGGAUACACCCAUACAGUGGUGCUGACAGCCAGCGGAGAGCUGUACUCGUGGGGGUUGGGCGAGUACGGUCAACUAGGGACGGGCGAUGUCUAUCAGCCGCUCCCUGCUCGUGUUCAACUGCCUGCAGACGCCUUGUGUGCGCCUGAUCAACUGGCUCGCGUCUACUGCGGCGCCUUCCACUCCAUCGCAACGACAGAGCAGCGGGUGAUGUUUGCGUGGGGCUUGAACUCGUACGGAGCGUGUGGACUGGGCCACACUGCCAAUAAAGACAAACCGGAGCGUAUUGACUGCUUCUCGUCCCAGACAGAACUCGUCGUGGCGUGUGGACACAAGUAUACCAUCGCUCUGGAAGUGAACGCGUCACUAUACACUCACUCUCCGUCUCAGACGAUGCUACCGACUGGAGCGGCUCUGAAUGGGCUGGAGAUGCCUCCGAGCACACGACAAGUGUCGGAAGGGAGCGAGGCCAGCGACGACGAUCCGAAUCUCGGUCGAGUGUCGCCCAGUCGACCCGUGACGCCGCCACGUCGUCAUCGUCGCGGCACGCCGCCCACUCUGGCGAUGGAUCUGAGUCAUCUGCCACGUGAAGCCAUCCACGAGAAGGAGGAAGAGUUGCGACGUGCCAAGAAACUUUGGCGGACGCGCAUCCUUCGGGACUGGGAAGAGAACAAAGACACACCUCUAGCUCACUCACUAUGGAGACAAGGCAUCCCUCCGUCCAUUCGAGCGCGUGUGUGGCCCAUGGCUAUUGGCAACAAGCUCAAAGUCACGCCCGAGAUGUUCAAGAUCUACCGUCGACGUGCGGCGGCGUACAAGAGCGACCGGGCGUCAAAGGAAGACACGGUAGACGGCGGUCGAGAACACACGUUGGCGCUCAUUGACACGGAUCUACCGCGCACCUUCCCGUCGCUCAAGCUGUUCGACGCUAGCGGUCCUUACUACGCCUUCUUACUGGAAGUUCUCGAGACGUACGCCUGCUAUCGCCCCGAUCUUGGCUACAUUCAAGGCAUGUCGUACUUAGCGGCGAUGCUGUGUCUGCACAUGCCUCAAGACCGCUACUUGGCCUUCCAAUGCCUCGCCAACCUCAUGGUGAACGAGCAUCUCUUCACCUUCUACUUACUGGACGCCGACCUCGCCAAUGUAUACUACACGCUGUUCGACGCCUUCUUGAGCGCCAGACUACCGCACUUGCACGCUCAUCUUCGAGAUGUGGGCGUGUUUUCCUGCUCCAUGUACCUCAUGAACUGGCUGCAGACGCUCUUCCUUCAGGUUCUACCACUCGAGUCGGCUGCCAGAGUGUUCGAUAACUUCUUACUGGACGGCACCGUGUUUCUCUUCCGCACUGCCAUGGCCAUUCACGAGCUCUUGGCGCCGCAGCUGAUGCGGGCGGAGAUGGACGUGGUGUUGCCCUUGCUGCAACAUAACGUCAUGCACCAGGAUGUGUGGACUCUGCGUGUCUCAGAGCAAGCGCUGUUUGAUACAGUGGCGACGAUUGCUGUCCCUAGUCACAUCUACUCGGCGCUGGACCGUGUGGUGAACGACGUCUUCUUCUACGAGAAGCGAGGAGACCCGGAGAGUAUGGGAGGGAAGAGGAUGAUGGCGUUCGCAAGUGGCGGUCAGAGUGUUGGGAUUGGGCAUGUGAAACACCAGCGACGACGGAUGUAUGCGAUUAGCGACGCUCUGAAUGGAGUACUGGGCGGGUUUUGA